CUUCACUCUUGAGGAAUGCAAACAAUUUAGGGUAGUUCUAAAAGACCCGGUUUGUAAAACAACUUUGGCAAUUUUUUGGCUAAUGUUUAUUUAAGAAACAGAAAAAAAUCAGUUUCACGUUUUUUUUAGCAAAAAUCCGCUAUGUCGUCAGUUGUAGUCCCCGACGAAAAUCUUAUUCAAUCAAUAAAAUAUGCUGGUCCAGAAAGUGAAUUUGUCACAGAACUGCUAGGUCAAACUGUUAAUAUUCAAUGUAGCGAGGGUAUUCACAAUCACGGCAGUUCCAAAGUUAAACUAGCUGAUCGAAUAGAUUAUAAUUGGGAGUUUAAAUAUUACCAUGGGCAUCUUGUAGCUGCAGAUAUUACUGGGAAGAUCAUUGCCUAUGCCAUGAAGGGAAAGGAAGGUGGAAUGAUUAGAGUGACAGACCAAGAAACAAAUGCUAAAAGGACUUUAAUAAAAAAUUUCAAGGAGGAUAUAAAAGAUUUGUCUUUUUCUUACUCAAGGGAAGAAAUCAUUCUUGGCUGCAUUGAUUGUGAAGGCAACAUACUUGUUUAUCAAAUUGUAGAUGAUGGAGAUACAUUAUCUUACAAGCAGCUGUUACACAUUUAUCACGUGGAACAUGUUAGACCAAAGGUGAAUUUUAGGUUAAUAUGGUGUCCAUACCUUCCCAGCUAUGAUGAAGAUACAGAUGCAGGUGAUGACCCUGAAAAAAUGUUUGUUGUCCUAAAUGGAACAAGAGCUGAAAUUUAUAACUUGACGAUGUUAACUUCCAAAUAUGGUUCUGGCACAUUGGACCCCAAUGACACUUACGAGGGCUAUAUUGAAAUUAAUCACAGUUCAGAAUUGGUAGAUGCAUCAUUCUCCUCUGAUGGAACUGCUAUUGCUAUAGCCUGCCUAGAUGGUUAUGUCAAGUUUUUCCAACUAUAUAUGUUUGAUGAUGAAAAACAAAAGUGUCUACAUGAAUGGCAGCCCCAUAAUGGCCAACCAUUAACAUCAAUCAUUUUCAUUGACAAUGUUUUAGAAUACAGUUCUGAGUAUGUUGUUGUAAGUUCUCUUCGGCAAGUAGUGAUAUGUACUUUUAGGUGUUGGAAAUUUGCUAUUACUGGAGCAAACAAUAAUUCUGAGAUCAAACUGUGGUCUUGUGAAACUUGGACUUGUCUACAAACAAUCUAUUUUGUCCCUAAUCCAAAAAACAUCAUACAGGAUCUCUUCCUGACUGUAUCCAUAGAUCACACUGGCCAGUUCUUGGUUGUAGCUGAUAUUAAUAACCGGGCCUUAUAUAUUAUGCAGCUCAAAAGGAAUGAUGAAGAGCAAGUGGUGUGUGUGACAGUUUUGUCACAAUUCCUGCUUCCCGCACCAUUUCUGAGCUUCCAUGUAUUGGAUGCGUGCACAAAGAAUAUUCCUUUGUGCUAUAGCAACAGCACUGAAGAUGUAUAUGAUAAUGAGGAUCUCUUCGAUGAAGAUUCCGAAAUAACUGUGACCAGCUUAAAAAUGUUGGUUAUCCAACCCAAGAAGUUCCAGGACUGCAACAUAACGUUCCAGCCAGAGUCACUCAUGCGCGGAGGGGUAUCAGUUCUUGAGAAGCUGACCGAUCCCCUAUUUGAACUUAGAAAUGGGAAAAAGGAUGAUGAAGAGGAAGUUGAAAAGAUUCCUGAAUUGGAUGACCUCCAAUCAUCGGUCAGCUUAUUGAUUCAGCAGCAGGAACAACAGAUGAGUUCCAAACUCACAUUAAUGACACCUGACGAUUUUACUUCAGCUGGCAAAAAUAGUUCAAGAUCUAGCAGUGUCCGAAAUUCCCUCACAAACGAUGCUGCACUGUGUGAACCAAUGCAAAAACUGAAUGAAGAGCUGAUAUCUGAGCUGCACAAACCUCCCAAGGAUACUUUUGCUAGCGCGGGGUCGAGUCCCAGUCGGGAAGUACAAGAGAUACUGUCAUUAAACAACUCGGGCAGUAAUUAUGGUACCGACGAAUAUUUCAAUAACCUUGCCAACUUACAGGUAAAGGACGAACAAGAAGUUCCGGAAAAAGAUUAUUCAGAAUCCGGGGACCCAGUUGGGUACCAGGACCCCGUCAACUGGCCAAAAAUUCCCGUCGUCAAUGAAGAUGUCGUCAAUAAGAGCAGCGACAUGAACAGUCAGGACAUGGAAACGGUGUAUUUUAAGAUAAGCGCGCUGGAGGGGGUAAUUCGCGAGCAGAGUCUGCUCAUCCAGCAACUGCACCAGGAUAUGAAAGUCGUAACGCAAUCGGCGACGAGAAACAACCACAAGGACAUUGACAAGGAGGAGUUGAUUAAAGAGCUGGAUUGCGCCAUGGCCAAGCAACACCUGCAAAUAGCUAAGAUGCUUGAGAAUCUCAUUAACCUGCAGAAAAACAAAGACAGAGACUUGCAUGACCAGUUGGUGGGUGCUGUCGGCCAACUACUAUCCAAGUCACUGGCGGAAAAAUUGCAGCAUGAAAUGAAGCACUCGAUGUUGCCGACGGUGCACGCACUGGCAGACUCCUACCGGCACCAGGUCGACGACCAAUAUACGCAAAAAUUCGCAGAUAUUGACAAAAUGGUAAAGGAGAAUUUCGCAAAGGUCAUCAACAGCAAAUCCCUGACAGAUUCCAUUAGUUUAUCGGUUGUGAAUCUAGUGUCGCCCACCCUGGAGAAGUGUUACCGGGACAUAAUAUCAUCCUCGUUGCUGCCAUCUUGGGAGCGCAUAUGCGGACAAAUGUUCCAGCAGAUAAACGAGACAUUCACAAAAGGAACAAAGGAGUACACAGCAUCGGUGGAAAACUACAUGGACCGGCAAAGGAAGGUGCAAGACAAAGGCAAAGACAUGAUGGUCCAGAUGCAGACCAUAUCAGAUAGCAUGAAAGCGAACAGCGAAGCGUUGACCAGCGUUCUGUGUGGCGAGAUACACAAGCAAUUCAGUGCCGCCCUCAAAAGCGUGCAAGACAAAUUGGUGCAAAAAAUUAAGGAAACUGUCAGCGUCGAAGUGAAACAGAGCUUCAAAAAUCAUGCGGCCAUCCUCGAGGACAGUGUCAUCAACGCCGUGCGGUCCAGGGCUGUUACGCCCGCCCCUCACGCCGACUCUCACGUUGGCAAUACCAUACGAGAAAGAAUUGACCGGCUGUUUCAGAUGACGACUCUAAGCCACAUCCAGCAGUGCAUCAACAGGGGCGAAUACGAUGAGGCAUUCCAGAUGGCGCUCUCGGCAGAGAACUUAACCUACGUGAUAUUCGUCUGCGAAAGGGUAGACGUCGGUAAGGUGUUCGGGGAAAGUUGUGCUUUGUCCCAGAGUGUCCUUCUGGCUCUCAUUCAGCAACUUAGCAUGGAGCUGCACAAAGACACAGAGACUAAACUCAGCUUUAUUCGCGCCGCAUUUCUGGCAUUGACACCGGAAUAUCCACAGACGAGGCAGUUCGUACCAAACGUGCUGCGCGACUUGCUGAAGCAACUGAGCUUGUUCAUGCAGACGAGUCCGCCUCUGAAGCAAAUGACGGACGCCCGACUGCUUAAAAUGGCCGUCGAGCGGAUGCUGAGCAAGUAAUCUUUUCGGAACCGUUGUGUACAUAGACUUAUUCGAAAGCCAGUGGCUCCCCUUUUUUACAUACAUUUAUAAUGUUGAGUUUCGUGACGAAAAAUGUAACAUACGACCGUUUCCGUUUUGUAUGUUUUGUUUAAUUUUUAUUAAGACUGGUACUGAAU